UCCCAAUUUACUUGUUUUCAUUUUCUGCCUUAUUUAUAAUGUUGACAAUGUCAUCCCAUGUGGUCUAUAGACCUGGAUGCUAAACAGUCUUAUAGUUUGUCUUUCAAAAAUGCACAUUUUGUAUUUCAGACUAUUGUCCUCAUGAACAUAUACCGUAACCCUCAAAACUCUGCCCAGUCUGCUGAUGGUUUACACUGUGCUGUUAGUGAUGUGGAAAUGCAGGAGCAUUAUGACGAGUUUUUCGAGGAAGUCUUUACAGAAAUGGAGGAGAAGUACGGAGAGGUCGAGGAGAUGAAUUUUCGGCGGGAAGAGGAUGCUGAGAAGGCUGUAUUGGACUUGAAUAAUCGGUGGUUUAAUGGCCAGCCGAUACACUCAGAACUUUCCCCAGUUACAGACUUCAGAGAAGCCUGCUGCAGACAAUAUGAAAUGGGGGAGUGCACUAGAGGUGGUUUCUGUAAUUUCAUGCACUUGAAACCCAUUUCUCGAGAACUCAGGAGAGAUCUUUAUGGACGUCGUAGAAAAAGGCCUAGUUCUCAGUCAGGGUCUCAAAAACGCUCUCGUUCAAGGGAUCGUAACCGUGGAGGUCGUGAACGGGAGAGGAGGAGAUCAAGAGAUCGGGAACGUUCUGGAAGAUUUUGAGCAAUGACACAGUUUUGAUGCCUUUGUUUUAUUGCUUGCUGUUUUAUUGCAAUCAAUGACCAGCAUUUGUUUGAAACAUCAGAUGUCAUCUUGUCACGUGCUUUGUCCCUUUGUGUUUCUUAACUUUUUUUGUGUACAAUUAAAAAGUUUCUCAAUAAAAGUGCAUUUUUAUUAAUUGUCCCGGUCAAAUAUUUACUGUUUAUAUGUUUGGGAUUAUUAAAAGCUUCAAUUCAA